GCAUCGCUGAAACUUUGCAGGAUCUCACGGAUGGCUGCAGGUCCACCGACCCUCCUGCAGGUUAAUGAUUACUGCAGCUUGGCUUAUUUACUGAUGAUCCCGAUGCUGCACAUUAGGAGGAAGCAGACAUGUCAGGGCAGUGUGUGUGCGUCUCAGACUUCGAGAAGGAGGCCAAGAGAGUUCUUCCUAAAGCCGUGUACGACUACUACCGCUCAGGAGCUGAUGAGCAAAGCACACUGGCUGAUAAUGUGGCAGCCUUUAACAGAUGGCACCUUAUGCCUCGAGUCAUGAGGGACGUGUCCAUUGUGGAUCUGUCUGUAAACGUGCUGGGCCAUAACCUCAGCAUGCCUCUCUGUGUUGGAGCCACAGCAAUGCAGAGGAUGGCUCACCCUGCCGGAGAGACAGCUACAGCAAGAGCAUGCAAAGCAGUAGGAACCGGAAUGAUGCUGAGCUCCUGGGCCACCUCGAGCAUAGAGGAAGUGAUGUCAGCAAUGACAGCUACACCAGGUGGCAGUGGGGCCCUAUGGAUGCAACUUUAUAUCUACAAAGACCGAGAGCUUACACUGUCUCUGGUGCGCCGGGCAGAGCGGGCGGGCUACAAGGCUAUCUUUGUUACAGUGGAUACUCCGUACCUGGGGAAAAGGUUGGACGAUGUACGCAACCGAUUCAAAAUGCCUCAGCAUCUGAGAUUGUCAAACUUCUCCACGGCUGCCCUGGCCUUCUCUGAGGAGGACUACGGCAGUGACAGCGGUCUGGCUGUUUAUGUUGCUAAUGCUAUUGAGCCGGCUCUGAGUUGGGAUGACAUCACAUGGCUGAAGAAGCACUCACACCUGCCUGUGAUUGUUAAAGGAGUACUUAAUGGUCCAGAUGCUGUCCAGGCUGUCCACUACGGCGCUGAUGGCAUCCUGGUGUCCAAUCAUGGAGCUCGACAACUUGAUGGGGUUCCUGCAACGCUGGAUGUGUUGGAGGAGGUGGUGGAGGCGGUGCAGGGUCGCUGUGACGUCUUUCUGGAUGGAGGUGUGAGACGAGGGACAGACGUCCUCAAGGCCUUAGCUCUGGGGGCAAAGGCGGUCUUCAUCGGGCGCCCGGUGCUCUGGGGUCUUGCCUGUCAGGGAGAAGAAGGAGUCGUUGCUCUUCUGGAGCUUCUAAAAGAGGAACUCCGACUGGCUAUGGCCCUGUCAGGUUGCCGUUCUGUAUCAGAAGUAAGCAGAUCCUUGGUCAGGAAAGUGGACUUCACCUCCAGGAUGUGAGAGAAGAUGCUGCUGUGUGGUUGAUCAUCAGGAACGAUACGUUCUCAUUACGAUUCGUAACGUUGUUUGUUACAAGUGAACACAACAGUAGGAACAACAAAAAUGAUUUUUAAAUCCAACCCACUGUGGCCCUCUACUAAACCUGAGAUACACACACACACACACACACGUGCACACACACACACGUGUGUGUGCGCGUGUGUGUGUGUGUGUGUGUCUCUGAACAUCACAUUAUGUUCAACAUGGAUUAAAUGUUUUGUGUUCCUCCGGUACUCAGUCUUUCAGCUGACCUAAAUAUGGACCUGUAUUGGAAUGUUUAUUAUGUGAAGAGCCUCGAGACGACUCUUUUUGUGAUUUGGCGCUUCAUGAAUAAACUUGAAUUGAAUUGAA